AAAAAAAAAAAGACAUUUGAGCUAUAACUGAUACUGUUGUUCUGACUUGCUGGUAACUUAGGGUCAUGCUGCUUGUGCUCUUAGGAACUAGACUGGGGUACUGGUGGGGUGAAAGUAAACAGUUUUCUUCAGCUUAACGAUAAAAAAUACAAUUUCUAAUUCGGAACACUUUAUUAAAAACUUCAUAAAACGAUUUAUCAGUAUUUAUAACUUUAGAUCUAUCUUUGCAAGACUUCUUUUCUAUACUAUGCUUUAAUUAAAAACCUUGGAAGCGUCUCCUCCCUGUUCUUUAGACUCUAGCAAUAGAAUGGGUUGUGUUUUCUUCUGUAAAAAUUCUUCCUCCUGCAUUAAGUCAUCCACUCUGUGGAGUUUGACCUUGCUUAUGUUACUGGUAUGUAACUGUUGUGUUCUGCAGUUGCCUUUUCUGUAACUAGAAAAAUGAACUGACUGAAGAGAAGUAUGGUUGCAUCUUCCAAGAGAUGUGGACUGGCUUAUUUUCAGAGAUCAUGAGAGGUUUAUCUUCCAGCAUUUUUCAGUCUCUCUACCCAAAAAGUGGAAAUCACUGUGGUAAUUUCAACUAUGAACUGUUGUUCAUGAUUGCCUGAAGUAUACAGCUUAUUGUUUUUACAACUAUAGGGAAAAUCAUGAAAGGUAAUGUUAGAAGUAAGGUUGCACUGUAAUUUCUUGCUAACACUAUUAAAAUAUCAUUUCCUUAGUAGUGAGACUUGGCCAUGGCUUCAAAAUUUCUUUGUGGGGAAAUAUAAAUUUUCUGCUAGUCUUUACAAUAGCAGCAUCCCUAAGUAAAAAGUGAGAAAACAGCUGAUGAGAAAGUGUUAUUGCAGUUAUUGUAAACCGACUGAUAAAACCAGUACUGUGGGAAGAGUUACAUAGAAAUAUAUUUUGAAGUGUUUAACCAGGUGUAACUAACCUCUCAUACUGAGUACUUAAACUAAUAGAUACCUUUCUGUAUUAGGUACCAGGUCAUCAGUACCCCAACUGACAUUUUCAUGGUGAUGGAAUACGUUUCAGGAGGAGAGCUGUUUGACUAUAUCUGUAAAAAUGGAAGGCUUGAUGAGAAGGAAAGUAGACGUCUGUUCCAACAGAUCCUUUCUGGUGUGGAUUACUGUCACAGGCACAUGGUAGUUCACAGAGAUCUAAAGCCCGAAAAUGUGUUGCUUGAUGCACACAUGAAUGCCAAGAUAGCUGACUUUGGUCUAUCAAAUAUGAUGUCUGAUGGAGAAUUUUUAAGAACAAGCUGUGGUUCCCCUAACUAUGCUGCACCAGAAGUAAUUUCAGGAAGGAAGUAGAGGUAUGGAUAGAAUUAGAGACGACGUCUUCUGCGAAGUUGAGUGGCCAUGAAAUAUCCGCUGCAGAAUGGAUAUUCAGCCUGAACGUAACUUCCACUUUUUUUGGACUGUCAUUGUCAAGUCUAUUGUUUACAGCUACCCUAAUAUCAUCUGUUGUUGACGGUAGGCCAAAUGUCUUUUUUUUUUUUUUUUUAUCUGGGCUGUAGCAUAGAUGUGGUAAGUCUGGGUAAAUAGUCUUCCCUUGAAUUUUUUCAGCAUCUCAGAUUUGGAGAAUAGAUAGAUGACCUUGUUUUAGUGUAAUCUGUGCAACAUGUAACACAGGCUUCUUGGUAUUAGAGGCAACUCUUUUUUUCAGUUGACCGUUGUCUUAAAUUGUCUUUGUAGAGUAUUUAUACAUAGUAAAGGGGAAAACUACAUACUUGCUUUCUAGCUUUCUGUAUGUACUUGAAAAAGGGGAGAGGUGUGGCAUGUAAGCCAGAAUGUUGUAGUACUUGCAGAUUAGUUGUCCCUAAGUUUGUGCAGUUAUUGUAAAAAAAA